AUGUCGGCCGCUCAAGUCGCUCCCACCAUUCCUCCUCGUCCUAGUCGAGCUCAGCAAGCUGCUGCCCAUGGCGCAGGAAAGCUGCCCGACAUUCCUCCUCGUCCCAUAAACAAGCGUCUUGAACGCUCCAUGUCACCCUCCAACUUCCCUCGCUCUCCUCUGAACGAACCAUGGUCCGCCAAUCUCACCCGUCACAAGGCCAAUGAGCAAUCCUCUGCGGAGGGAAUGCCUCGCCGUCCCAGCGUCCAGCACCUGCCAUCCCUCGGUCAAGAAGGCAUGGAGUAUGGCGAGAUCAUGGACAUGGGCUUGGAAAUGCAGACGGAUACGCAAACGAAUCAGCAACCGCCAAUCUCGACUCUCGGUUCGGAUGCGGCGGCUCAGACCAGAAAUAUCGCACAAGACCUCAAGUUGUACGCACCAAAGCCCUCGCUCCCCAAGUCAAGUGCGACUGCGCAGGUCCAGGCUGUCACCCGGACCGACUCCCAGCAAGCUGCUUCCCACGGCAUCGGGAAGCCGUCGACUCCGUCACAAGAUGAGGGUGAAGGGUUACAGCAAGUGAGGACCCGGUCAAGUUUCUCUCGGCCCUCAUCUACAAUUGGCGGCGAGCGCCGUCCCUCUGUCUUUGGAGAUGACGAGUCUGGCCCUGCAGAACUCGGCAUCCGAGUCCCCAUCAACCCUUUGUUGGGAGAUGUGCAGGCCCCUUCCCCUGCGCCAGGUCUGACUCCGGCUCAUACAGGCACAAAUGGCGACAAGAGGCGGCCCACCCACUCGCGGGCAAAGGCGAGCAGGGAGAUCUUUACUCCUCCUGGGUCCUAUGGUCUCCAUGGUCAUGGUGUUGCUCCUGAAAACAAGUUCGAAAAGGACUGGUAUGCAAAACACCCCGAGGCUGCCCAAAUCGAGGAAACUCAUGGCCAUGGAGUGUAUGAAAGCAUCGGCAGUGGCCGCGGCGCUUUCGCUUUGAGUAGUGAUGAUUUGAACAAAAUUGUGCGGGAGACAGCUAGUCGCGGAUCAGGACUCGGAACCUCAGGGUCAACUUAUUCCUACCCUGAUGAACAAAUCGGCUAUCUGGCCUCGGAUAUCUACAUCUCCAGGUCUCAACAAAAUACUCCCAACAGUCUCGCAAAGACUCUUACCAACACCUCCCAACCUGCCCUCGAAUCCCCACUGAGGAAAGCCAGUUUCCCAGCGGAUGAUACCAUUCCAGCUGAAGUCCGACGUGGCCGACUUUCGAUUUCCAGUAGGCAUGACGAUCACGAUGCCAUCGAAAGUGAACAGGAGGGAGAGGUCCAUGUUCCGGUGGGUCGACGGUAUAAUAAGAUUUCAGGCGGCGAGGAAAGCAUGAACGAAACACUGGACACUCGGCCGCUGGUCUCGCAGCCCAGUCAGGACGAUGACCAUCUUCAGGAAUAUGGCUAUUCGGUGCCGAUCCUCGCGGCGGAUGAGGUCGCGAAGGAACCCGGUUUGGAACUCCUACAGCCCGCCGUUUCUCCCAAACAGGAGCGCCGUGGAAGCCUUGACCCUGCAAGCGGUGAUGUUACCCCAGGAUCACGUCCACCAAGCAGACCCACCAGCAUGUACAGUCUCCACAGCGCUAACCACUCCUUGGCUCGAUUUAUCUCCCAUACUGAGGAACGAGACGCCAUACACACUCCGCUGGAGGAUGUACAUGAAUAUGAACCACUAUUCCCUGAGGACGAUGACAAGAAGCCGAUCAAUCACGCCGAACGAUUCAAGCAGAGACCCGAUGCUCUCAAGCAGCGAUUCCCCAGCCAAGACAUCUGGGAAGAUACACCAAGUAGUGCCCAUCACUCCGCUACCGUCUCCACACCAGAUAUUCCCACCAAGGCUGAGGAGGAUCUUUCUGCUUCUAAGACGUUUGAACCUCCGGAACAGGAAGCUGCCCGAAAGGAAGAGCCAUCUGAAAAGGAAAAGGCCAAGUUGAUCCCAAAGGAACAAAGACUGGCACAAUCCCGCUUUGCGCCUCACCUUCGUGAUGACAUGCCUACUAGACCUGGCAUGGUACCUAGAUUUCCGAGCCAAGAUAUAUGGGAGGACAGCCCAGACAGCCACCACCUAGUUACAACCAUCUCAAAUCUACCAAAAGAACAGCAAGCAGAAGAGGAGACCUCACCGGAAGCUACAGCGAAGCCAAGCAUACCUCCACGUCCCGCUAAGAACAGGUUAGGUGAAGGGGCUUCCUCUGCUCAGGUUGCACCGAGUGUGCCGCCCCGGCCACAGAAAGCACUCGGCGCUGUGCCACCACUAGGUGUUUCCCCGACUGACGCCGCAAAACCGAAGGAUGUCUCACCCACAGAGCUCAAGAAAGUUCCCAGUAUUCCCGAUCGACCGAAACCUCAGAUUCCGGCUCGUCCAGCAAAGAAACCUGCUGGAGAGGGGCUGGCGAAGACCGUUUCUGGCGGUUCGGCAGGAUCGGUCGAGCAGGAGAAGGUUUCCCCUCCCAUCACCAAAGCUAAGCCACAAAUCCCUGCCAGGCCUGUUCCAGGCAGUAAAAUUGCCAAUCUGAGGGGGAACUUUAUGAACGAUCUCAACCAGAAACUUGGCCUGGGACCGCCCAAAGAGAAGGAGCCAGAGCCAGUGGCUGAAGAGGUGAAACCUUUGGAAGAUGCACGCAAAGGUAGAGCCCGGGGUCCACAGAGGCGAGCACCGGCCAAGUCUCCGGCCGCUGUGGUGAGACCAAUGGGGUUCUCCAUGUUUUCACCGCGGGCUUUGUGGACUAUUGAUGACGUUGACGAAUUGAACGUCUCUUCCACUGGACCCUCUGCGCCUGCCCCGACACUGCAGCAGGAGGGAUCUGCAAACCUGGACAUUCCGGAGAAGCAGGCUGAGCAGUCCGGACAAACCGCUCCGGCACAAGUCUCUCCGCCAGCUCCUACAGAUGUGACCGAUGAUGGCGAUGCUGAGCCCAAGACAGAGGCUGAGGUUGAGAGUCAACCGAUACCAAUGGCGACUAAUAUAGCGACAAACACCGCUGGGGAACUCGCAGACCCGGAGCCCACACUUGGGACGCCUAUAAGGGAGAAGUCUGACCCUCUCAGUCGAACUGAUUCAGCCGAGAAAGUGGACAAGGAGGGUGAAGAGGUUGGGCUCUCUCAACGGACGACGGCAAGCAGUGCUCAGGAGACAGGUUUGGAACUGGAAAGAGAAGAGCCUGAUCCAAGUACGGAUGCGAUUCCUGCUAGCAAGCUCACAACCGCAAGCACGCUGGGGGACACAGUGCCGCUGGAGAAGAGCCCAACCCCCGACGAACCACGGACAUUGAGAAACACGCUACCAGAAGGAGAGCCGGGGAAGGCGAGCAUGGAGGAGGUGUAG